AUGGCUAACGCAACAAAACAAACCAACGAAUUUUCCGCUGUAACAAAUGUUAACUUCACCGACGAACCAGCAGAAACUUUCAGAGUGGCAUCGAAUGACAGACCAACAACCACACAGUCCAUACAUCUUCAGUUUGAAACAGAGCAUCAACAGCCAUCUCCGAGAACAAACGACCACCCCAAACCAACAUUAAUUCAUUCAUCUUCAAUGGUAGACACCAGCCGCCUGAAAAUGAACGUGUCGAACUCUGUCAACACGCUAGAGAUAAAACAUUCUAAUUCGGACCAGAUGAUUCGAAAACAGACUGACGAUAAAAGAGCUGCAACAAACGAGGUCGAUGUAAUUUUAGCUAGGAAAAUCAGCAGUAUGGAUUUAGAAUCGGUAGGCAGAACAAAGAGCAAACUAUCCCUGAAUCCUGUGGUGGCAGAAGACCCGAAGUGGCGGGAUAUCGGAGACUACGAAGUUUUGAGGCGGACCAAGUGUCGACGUCUGUAUUCAAGGUUGGGCCCCAGCAAGGAUCUGGCUCUGUUCUACAGAUCUGGGAAGUUCUACGCCAUGGAAGCUUGGUGUUCACAUAUGGGAGGCCCCCUGUAUGAAGGCGACAUUGAGGAACACAAAGGAGCCUGUCACGUGAUGUGUCCCUGGCACGCUUUCAUGUUUGACUUGACCACCGGAGAAUCGGACAUCGGACUUAAGCAACAAGUGUUCCCAGUCAAGUGUGAGAACGGUCACGUGUUUGUGGAGUACAUAUCCCAGCUAGCACUCUACCCCUACCUCUAG